CACAAAUCCACAAACUUGUUCUCGCCUCAUCCAAGUGGAUCAGAAUCCACUGAGGGAAAGAUAGGAGAGUGGGAAGGAGAACAGCGGCGUGGCAGUCAGCAUCAGUCACUUUGAGCAGAAGAGGUGGGAGAUGAUCGGCAGCCUCUCUGCUGAACUCUCACAGGGCUGACCGGCAUUCACACUCAUCAUCUCUGACUGAUUAUCUCCAGCAGCAAACAGCAUGAGCUCCUCAUCAGCCAACCUUCACAACAAACGCCUGCCAUCGGAGGCUGAACGUGGCCAGAGGUUACCAGAUGUGGAUGCAGCACAGCAGCUCAAGUUGAGAGAGAGGCAGCGUUUCUUUGAAGAGGUCUUCCAACAUGAUGUGGACGUGUACCUUUCCUCGGCACACCUUUGCAUCCGAGACUAUAAGAGACCUCCAAUCGGCAGUAUCUCAUCCAUGGAGGUUAACGUGGACUUGCUGGACCAGAUGGAGCUGAUUGACAUUUCUGACCAUGAGACUUUGGAUGUCUUCUUCAGCUCUGGGGGAGAAGAUGGAGUCCUAACCUCCCCACUGCCAGUCCAAGGAAACAACAACAACAAUGAGGAAGUCAUCAGUAAUGGACUCUUUCGACAUGUCCUUGAGGGUCUUGAGGCCAAGUCCCGCAUGUCUUCCACAUCUUCAAACUCUUCUUCCGACAGCCAGAUUGUCAAUGCCAAUGGAGGAGACACCCCUGUAGUCAGGUCAGAUGAUGAGGAAACGCACACCAGCACAGUCAAGAGGAGAGCCACACCUCCAGAGAUAGAGAAGGUGAAAAGUCAGACUCCUUCAUCGUCUUCGUAGAACACAACCUCUCCAGGAUGCAUCAUCACCUUCAGCACAAUAGUUGACACCUUGGCUGGGGGCAAAGAGAGGACAUGAGAGAAGCCUGUUUGCUGUGACUGUUCUCCCACACCCUGGCUCUGUUCACUGCUUUCAACCUUUCCUUUGAUUUAUGAUGUAGGUUGGGUUCUCUGUGUGUUUUGGAGGUGGGGACCAUGAACUGUAAAUAUGAUGUCCUAUUAAUUUUCACCUUUUUCCAUUCUUGAUUUGUUCCCCUGUUUUUGACAACAGAUGAUAAACAUCAUGAUGAACGAUGAAUUUUGGACAUUACUAACAUGACCCGACAUGAUAGAAAAGCAGUGAAUGGAUUAAACAAAUAGUUGGAUGAUUUGAGGUGUAAUUUGGCAGUAUAAAUUAAAAUAUAUUGUCCCACCAAUGCAAAUUCUGUUUCAUAGUUCUAAUUUUAAAUAAAUCUCUCACAAGAAUUGUUUGCUUUACCAAUAAAUAAAGAGGGAAAAAUGCAUUCACAUGUGUCUAAGAAUCAACAAAAUAGUUGUUGGGUAUAUCAAGGUGCUGUUAUGACUGUAAACAAGUGCUUCCAGGCAGUCAAAAUGAUGCGUCAGGGGAAGCUGGAAAACGCCACAACCAGAACUUACAGGGCAGCCUCAUAACAAGCCUGUGAAGGUUGAAGAGUGCAGAGACCUUUCAAUGUAUGUUGAAUCAAAUACAGAAAAAGAGAAAAGACACCAUCAUGUAUCUUAACGGUUUGAAAGGUUGUUGACGAAAUGUUAUACACACACACACACACACACACACACACACACACACACACACACACACACAC